UAUAUUUCGUAUGCAUUUCAUUUAGUGUGGAUGUCAGUCGUGUGCGAACAUUGCUACAGAAAUUACGCUUGGCGAACACAGUAUUCAGACAAAGUUACUUCGUUCUUCUAUUGUAAAAUUGCUGUAAACCGCAACGGCAAAUAUGAAGGAUCCCACAGUAAAAGACGACGCUCAUCAUUACGGCUACAGGAAAAAUUUUCGUGUCGCCCUACCCCAGUUCCUGGCAGUCAGUGUGAAGAAUCUUGUACUUUUAAGUUAUGGAAUGACACUCGGAUUCCCCACGAUCCUUAUUCCUGCCGUGAAAGAUCCCAUUGAUGUAGAAGUAUUGAAACUCAAUAACUCCGAGAUAUCAUGGAUCAGUUCAAUAAAUUUGAUUAUAGUACCACUUGGUUGUGCGCUGUCCGGAAUAGUCACAACUCCGAUGGGUCGCCGACGAGCUAUGCAGAUGGUUAACAUACCGUUUUUCAUAGCCUGGUUGAUUUUCCAUUACUCUUCCACCGCUAACCAUUUAUACGGAGCAUUGUUUCUCACUGGCCUGGCUGGAGGUCUACUUGAGGCACCUGUACUAACAUAUGUAGCGGAAAUCACCCAGCCCCAUCUGCGCGGGGCCUUGACUGCAACUAGCUCAAUGUGCAUCAUUAUUGGGGUCUUCACUCAAUUUCUGUUCGGACUCUUGAUGUAUUGGAGGACCGUAGCCUUGGUCAAUAUUUUCUUUGCGCUCAUCGCUAUACUGGCGUUGUUCUUUAUACCAGAAUCUCCUCAUUGGCUUGUGAUGAAAAAAAGGCACGAUGACGCUAGAAAGAGCUUACAGUGGCUGAGAGGUUGGACGACAGCACAGGACGUUGAACUAGAACUAAAGGAUAUUCAAGCUUUGUUUAAACGAAAAAAAGCUGAAACGGGUCAAGAAGAAACUUUUAUGGAAAAGUUGUCAUAUUAUCUUGACAAGAGCUUUCUGGUGCCAUUCUUCUUAGUGUCUUACGCAUUCUUCGUUGGUCAUUUUAGCGGCAUGACCACCUUGCAGACGUAUGCGGUGUCAAUAUUUCAGACGUUAGAGGCGCCCAUUGAUAAAUAUUACGCGACGCUUAUACUUGGUCUACUACAAAUCAUCGGCUGUGGUACCUGUGUGAUGCUGGUUCACUAUACCGGAAAGAGGAUCUUGACUUUCUUCUCCACCUUCAGUGCUGGUAUAUGUUGCUUGCUAGUUGCUGGCUAUGAAGGCUAUAUCAAAACUCAAGAUGUAUUUGGCAACUCGUCACUUCCGAUGAAUACUAGCAACACUACAUCUGGAAUCAUAAAUGGUGAUUUGCAAAAUGGGUAUUCGUGGAUACCAACAACACUUCUGAUGUUGCUGGCUCUAUUAACGCACACAGGAAUAAGGCUUUUGCCAUGGAUUCUUAUUGGCGAGGUAUUCAGCGCCAAGACGAGGUCUGGUGCAGCAGGAAUUGCAAGUGCUGUGGGAUAUAUAUUUGGUUUCCUAACUAACAAGACGUAUAUAAGCAUGGUGGAUGUUUUAUCUUUUUGGGGGACAUACGGCUUCUAUGGCAUUAUUUGUCUCACUGGAUGCGUUGUGUUUUACUUUAUAUUACCGGAGACGGAGGGCAAAAAGUUAUAUGAUAUUGAGAAUCACUUUGCUGGAAUAAAAAAAUUGACAAAUGAAGUCUAUCGCUCAAAGAAGAAUAUAAAUAAAGAGUCAUCAAAGUUACGGGACUUACAAGGUAAUACAAAUCCUACAUUCGAAGGAGACAACAUUACGAUUCGCCAGUGACUACGAGUAAUAUAUUAAAAUAAUGAUUUUUUCGUGAAUAGCGAAUUUACUUUCAUGAUAUUUAUAACAGAAAAUAAUUGGAUAUUAUCAAUAAUUUUCUCAUACACUUUAAUUUAAUAAAUUUUGUUUCCUUUAAACUAUACAAAACAUUUGGUGUCCAAGAUGUUAUUGAACCAACUAACUAUAAUUUUUAAAAAUGACUCACAGGAAAACAGAAAUCUUUGUAUAAAAGUGAAAUUUUAUUUAACUUUUAAUAUGAGAUUAACCUUGUAUUUUAAAGCCCUUAUUAUUAACUAAUUAUUUUAGAAUAAAUAUAAAUUUAGUAAAUUCAUUGUCAGUUACCAUAUAUUAGAAAAUGAAGGUUUUAAAACAUAAACCUAUUAUUGCCUCCAACGCUCCAAAAUGAAAUAAACCUAGCAAAAUAGAUAUAAUAUUGUGAUUAUGAAAGUAUUUUUUAAAACUAUUAUAACAUUGAUGACAUGACUUACUUACAAAUAUUAUUUUCUAUGACGUUGUGACACGACUGACUGUGAUGUAAAAAAAGAUGUUAAUAUUACUAUUCUAUUUAUUGUUAUAUUAUAAAUAUAGUUAAUACGAUUUUAUAUUUAACAUGUGAUGCUGUUGUAUUAAAAACUUGUGUUUCAAUUGAUAAUAACUAUAAAAUACUUUUA